AUGGCGAGAAUUGUUGAAAUAAUGAGUUCACCAAGUGAUGUUAACAAAGAAACCAAAGCUAGUGUCCAUGUCUUUGAAUAUUGUCUUUUAGAUAGUUUAGAAUUUUCAAGAAGCUUUAUGAGAAAUUCGAAAUGA